UUAUUACUAAUAAAAACAAUAAGUAUAUGAAUGUUUCCUUUCCCUCAUCUCAAAAAUAUAUUACAAAAACAUCAUAACCCCCACUUCAAAAAUCAUCAUCAAAUCAAAAUCCACCAUGGGAGAGGUUGAUCAAGCUUUCAUCCAAGCUCCAGAACACAGACCAAACCUCAAAAACAUCGAAGCAGAAGGAAUACCCACGAUUGAUCUCUCUAUACUCAGCUCACCCGAUGCACUCGAUGUUCUUGUUAAGAAAGUAGGCGAUGCAUGCAAAAACUGGGGGUUUUUUCAAGUGAUCAACCAUGGUGUGUCACUAGAGAAGAGGGACAAAAUAUUUAAUGCAUCAGAGAAUUUUUUUGGUCAGAGUGUGGAGGAGAAGAAUAAGGUUAGGAGAGAUGAAAAAAAAGUGAUGGGUUAUUAUGAUACUGAGCAUACUAAAAACGUUAGAGAUUGGAAAGAAGUGUUUGAUUUUACUGUUCAGGAUCCGACACUUGUUCCUGCUUCUUAUAAGCUUGAUGAUGAUGAAGUUACUAUGUGGCAUAAUCAGUGGCCUGAAUAUCCCCUUCAGUUAAGGGAAAUCUGCGAGGAAUAUGGUAAAGAAAUGGAAAGACUAGCAUACAAGUUAAUGGAGCUUAUUGCACUGAGUCUAGGUUUGGAGGCAAAUAGGUUCCAUGGAUUCUUUAAAGAUGAAACCACCUUCAUCAGGCUGAAUCACUACCCACCUUGCCCUGUUCCUGAUCUGGCUCUCGGCGUCGGUCGGCAUAAGGAUGCUGGUGCCUUAACUGUUCUUGCUCAAGAUGAUGUUGGAGGACUUGAAGUUAAGAAGAGAUCUGGAGAGUGGAUUUGGGUUAAGCCAACCCCUGAUUCUUAUAUCAUCAAUGUGGGGGACAUUAUUCAGGUAUGGAGCAAUGAUGCAUACAAAAGUGUGGAGCACAGAGUAAAGGUGAACCCUGAGAAGGAAAGGUUUUCAAUUCCAUUCUUCUUCAACCCUUCACAUUAUACCGAGGUUAAGCCUCUCGAGGAGAUUGUAAAUCACCAAAAUCCACCCGAAUAUAAGCCUUACACUUGGGGCAAAUUUUUUGUCACCAGAAAACAUAGCAACUUCCGAAAGCUUCCUGUCGACAACAUCCAGAUUUCUCAUUUCAGGGUAUCACCAGAAACAGUUCCUUAAUUACAUUCAGGGGCGGAACUAGGAACUCAAGUAAAGGGGGAUGCGGUCGUAUAAAAAAAUAUUUGAGGGGGCAGUUUGUAGAAAAAAGAAAAAAUUAGUAACCAUUUGAAGCACUCUUUUGUAAAAAAUAAAAAACUUGGGGGGACGCUAGCCCCUUCACCUUCUCACCUGGGUCCGUUUACAUUAUUGCGAUUUUGUGUGCAUGUAUGAGAGAAAAACAGGAGGAACUCAUGACUGUUCAAAGGAAUAAGACGAAAUACUUAUGGUUUUUAUAUUAA